UGUUAUGCGCGAAACACGGGUGAGACAAUUCAGGGUCAUCUAGCGACGCAAAACUUACUUCAAAGCCUUGUUUCUACACAAAUUCGACAUGAACUUCUUCGACGCAGAAAAUUUCACAAAUUUGACAGUGCCAGCUACGAGUGCUUCUUCUAGAAGCGGCAGUUGUUAUCAUCUUCCAGAUCCAGAGUUUGACGAAACUUAUCAGCGCUGGACCACCAAUUUAGUGACAGCUGUGGUUAACGCCGUUUUAUCACCGUUCGCUGUCGUAGCAAAUUUCUUUAUUACCUUCGUAGUUUACAGAAAAACUGGGCUACAAACGCCUUCCAAUCUGCUGCUCGGCAGCCUUGCAGUUUCUGAUGCCCUCGUUGGUUUGGUGGUGCAACCAAGUUACGUCGCUUACCGACUGUUGGAGAACCAGAGUGGAUUCGUCCCCUGUGCUAUCAGAAUGUUGUUCUCGAUAGGAUUUUACACGUGUUAUGGUGUCUCCUUCAUGACGCUGUGCACGAUAAGCUGCGAGAGACUCAUCGCUUUGCUCUGCCACCUCCGGUAUCGAAGUAUUGUUAACCGCCAACGCGUAAUGAAAACUGUCCUGAUCAUUUGGUUGGUCAACAUAUUAUUAAAGUUACUCCAAUGGGCUCAUAAUCACACUUUCCGAGGAAUUCAUCUAAGUUUGUGGUUAGCUUCGCUGUUUAUCGCUAUCGCCACCCAGUGCAGAAUUCUUUCUAUUAUACGGCAUCACCAGCGGCAAAUUCAACAGCUACACUCCAUGACGUCCACUCGCCAAAUGCAAAUCAAGCUGGCGAUAAACAUCGCGUCCAUCAUAGCCAUAUAUUUUGCCUUCAACUUACCAGUUCUUGUUAUAACUACGUCUGAUCAAAUCGUCAAAAGGCAUAUCGAAAGCUACAACGUCUACAGCUGGGCCGAAACUGUGGCAUUCAUGACUUCCACUGUUAAUCCAUUGGUGUGUUUCUGGAGAGUAAAGACCAUUCGAAAUGCCAUCACAGAAUUCUUACCAAGAUUAAGGACAAAGGAGAAGAAAUUUGGGGAAAUACCGUUUAAUAACCAUGUUGUGUUGGUAAGAUUUCGACACAUUACGCCGCCGUAGGUACGGGACAUCACCCUGAAUACCAUGCAGAGGGAACAGCCUGGAACAAUUGUGCUUUAAUAAUUAUAGGCCAUGAGAUGAACUUAAUCGCAAUUUUUAGAGUCAAUCCAAACGAUAAAGCAUGAUCAUUGGGUCAAACGUCGAUUAAAUUCGAACUUCAGAUGAACCAGCACGUUCUAUCCGACUACUUCAAAUGGAUGCAACGUGUUAGUCGAUCUAAAUUCAGUUGGAUGAACUCAGUUGAGUCAAACGUCGAAAUUAUCAGGUAAUGAACUUAAAUCGCUCAGUUUAGUUCUUCUCACGUGAAUUCGACGUUUGGCCUUGACGCUGACGCUCAUAAAGUAUUGCGAGCAAUUGACCAACGUUCGCUCUUUUAUUGCUAGUACCUUGCUCCACUAAAAACGCCGUAGUAGACUUGUCCCGGCUAUAUAUCCAAUGGCAUUGACCAACCCCCUCCCUAUGACUAAAACCGACUCUACCUACAAUGCUAGUGAGGUCAUUGGGAUUGCUAAACAAACUUUAUGAAUGACCUGGUACGUUCAUAUAUUACUCAAUAUGUUUCUGUGAAACUGAAAUUUGAAAGCACAACGUAACAAUGACACCACUCACAGCUUAUCGAUAGAGCGGUAUCAGCUGACCUUAAUAAAUUGUUCGGUAAAAGAAACAGAUAGAGUAACUCCAAAGAGUAAGCAAUAUUUGACGUGCUAUUAAUGUAAGUGAGUUGAAACCGGCUUAAAAGAGCAUUUAAAUCUUGCAGUAUUUACGAAAUUCGGUAGGGGCUGGUUGCCUUUAAGCCCAUAGAGCCAUUGAUGCGUCUGUAAAUAUUCAACUUAUUCCUCUCAUAGUCGUUGAAUGGCACUUUCGCCAAGAGUUUGUUGCAUGUAUCCGUAGUUAUUCGUAAUUUUUAUACCUUGUCAAAUUCUUUCCUUACAACAUGAUCGAACCGGAUUUAUUCAAGUAGGUAUUUUGAUCAAAAGAUUAAUUGUACCCUGGCGUGGCUGGUAAUUGCUACGAAAGAAUAUUUCUAGAACCAUUUUCUUGAAUCGAUGGAAAUUUUACAUUUUUUUUUUCGUGGCUGUUGUACUUUGUGAAAUUAAUAAAGUAAUUCUUCGCGAAAAUGUCUGCUGUUUGACAUAUUUUCUUGGUUACACAAAGGAGAGGGAGGUGUCUUUAAGGAAA